GCCCCAGCUUCCUGGGAUACCCCAGCACCCAGGCAGCCCACAGAGAGGGACAGAACACCCAGGACACUGAGGGGAAAAGCAGCUCUCAGCAUACCUCUUUUACAAAUACUCUAUGUCAAGCUUCACUAAGGGGCUGCUCCAGUCAGCAUUAAGCUCUGAGCACACGUCUCACAGGGGACAGUUUGCCUUAGGACUACGAGGUGGUUUCCAGGACGGACGUUCUCCAGGCUGCACCCCCAAAUUUUGAAGGGUGACCUGUGAUCACUAGCCACCCCCUUGGUUGUGCUGUCUCUCCCCACCACCAUGCGGGUGACAGUUGUGAUCAGGUUCAUGGCACUGCUCUUCACACUGCUGGGCACAUGGUUCCUCCUGCAGACAUACUUUGAUCAGACCUGGAAAACCAUCAGCCUGAGGAGCUGGCUUGGUGCAACCAAGAAGGCCAGCAGUGAAUCACUGCCCCGGCACAAGUGUGGGAACAAGAGGAGCUGUGCCCAGAACCAUUUUGCCUUCAAGAUUAUCAGUGGUGCUGCAAAUGUGGUGGGACCCUCCAUCUGCUUUGAUGGCGUGACUCUCAUGAGCAGUGUGAAGAACAACGUUGGCAGAGGCCUGAACAUUGCACUGGUGAAUGGAACAAGCGGGCAGCUCUUGAAAGAGAACACAUUCGACAUGUACUCUGGAGAUAUCAGUAAACUGGACACUUUCCUCCGAGCGAUCAAGGAUGGCACCAUCGUGCUGGUGGCGAGCUAUGAUGAUGCUGCCACCAAAAUGAACGACAAAGUACAGGCACUUUUUGUAGAGCUGGGUAGCAGCCAUGUGAAGAACCUGGGCUUUCGGGACAACUGGGUCUUCUUGGGAGCAAAAGGGCUAAAGAACAAGAGCCCCUUUGAAGAGCACAUCAAAAAUGAUAAGAAGACAAAUAAAUAUGAAGGCUGGCCUGAACUGCUGGAGAUGGAGGGCUGCAUCCCCAGGAAGAUGGAUUAGCAUCAAGCCCCAGACUGCUACAGAGGCGAGAUUCAUCUCACUGGGAUACCAGCCCAUGACACCAACCUCAGCCCCUCCUGCUACCCGGUCGCACAGCCCAGCAGCAGCUGCCCCCUCCCAGGAACUGGCUGUUCCACAGCAGGGGCUGCACAGGGCUUGGAGAAGAGCUAUGCA